CACGCGGUGUCGGCCAGGUCGGUCCGCGUUCGCUGCCGCUUCCGGUGCGCGUCCGGGGCCCUUCCGGUCCCCCUCGGGCCCGGGGUCGAUCCGAUGAGGGAGGUCGUCGAAAACGCGCGACUCGCCUCUCCUUCGUCCUACCUCUCCUCGUAGGACUCGUCGGCGACAAGUCGCGCUUCCCACGUUCGUCUUCGAGGGGGCGUCGAGGCGCUCCGCGGCGUUUGACGCAAUGGCGCACCGUAUACGACGACCGAUAAGGGGCGACCACUACAAGUCGUUCGGCAAAAGGAAGGGCUCGGCGGACUCUAACUACUCUCAGCCGAGCUCGGACCUCUCGCUGGACGAGGAGAAGGAGAGUUUACGACGCGAGAAGGAGAGGCAGGCCCUCUGUCAACUCGAAAAAGCUAGGACCAAGUCGGUGGCGUUCGCGGUGCGAACGAACGUGAGCUAUGACGGCUCCAUCGACGACGACUCGCCAGUCCAUGGCUCGGCCGUCAGCUUCGACGUUCGGGACUUCUUGCACAUCAAGGAGAAGUAUGACAACAACUGGUGGAUAGGGAGGCUGGUGAAGGAGGGCUCCGACGUGGGAUUCAUCCCCUCGCCCGUAAAGUUGGAAGCCCUGAGGUUGCAGGCGAGUGCGGCUCGCGGCACCAAGGGGCUCUAUUCCGCGAGGGGAGGAUCGUCCAGCAACCUCGGCGAGAGCGGCAUGCCCUCGCGUGGUUCUACGCCGCCCACACCAGGUGACGAGAGCGACAGCGUGGGCAACGUUCGGCCCGGCAAGACGACCCUGACCACUCCACCCGCCAAGGAGAAGCGGAAGAACUUCUUCAAAAAGCCGGAGACGGCGACGCCAUACGAUGUGGUACCGUCCAUGAGGCCGGUCGUCCUCGUGGGACCCUCGCUCAAGGGAUACGAGGUCACGGACAUGAUGCAGAAGGCGCUCUUCGACUUCCUCAAGCACCGCUUCGAGGGCAGGAUCAUCAUUACCAGAGUAAUGGCCGACAUCUCGCUGGCCAAGAGAUCCCUGCUGAACAACCCGACCAAGCGAGCGAUCAUGGAGCGCUCCACGAGCAGAAACAACUGCCUAGCGGAGGUCCAAAAGGAGAUCGAGAGGAUCUUCGAGCUGGCUAGGACCUUGCAGCUCGUCGUGCUCGACUGCGACACGAUCAACCACCCGUCGCAGCUGGCCAAGACCAGCCUGGCUCCCACGAUCGUUUAUCUCAAGAUCUCCUCGCCGAAGGUCCUCCAGAGGCUGAUAAAGUCCCGCGGAAAGUCGCAGACGCGCCACCUCAACGUGCAAAUGGUAGCGGCCGAGAAGCUCGCUCAGUGCCCGCCCGAAAUGUUUGACGUGAUUCUCGACGAGAACCAACUGGACGAGGCGUGCGAGCACGUGGCCGAAUAUCUGGAAGCCUAUUGGCGGGCGACGCAUCCCCCGAUCGUCGCGCCGAUCCCGCGGGCGAUUCCGCCGCCGGACGCGCCGGUCGACGCGCUCGCUCCUCGCGGCGCGACACCAGGAUCGUCGAGCUACGGCGGAGGCGGCGGCGGCCACACGAUAGGUGGCAGCACCAGGAGGUCGAGGCUCGAGAGACUGGAGCGGGACCGAGGCGCGGACCGCGGGGAGCACGACUAUGGGGGAGGCGGAGGGGGCAUCGUCGAGGAGGACUCCUACGUGGGAAGCGCCGAGUACGGAGGAGCGCCGCGACGUCGCCAGCAGCAAGACGCGAGAGCUCUCGGAGCCAUCUAGGAGCCGGGGCCCCGGGGCCUGUCGCUGCAGCGCUGUCCGCACCUGCGCACGACCGCCCUCUAGUCCGAUCCGCAGUCGGGCCACCCUCGCGCCGCGCGCAGCCCCUCGAGCAGAUCCCGGAGUGGCCACUUAACCGGAGGGGUUCGUCCGGGUGACCGAGCCGUCACCUACACGGCGCGCCGGAACCGCUGGGACCUCCCUGAUUCGAGUCGUGAUUGAGAGAGGAAACGGUAGAGGCAAGGGUCAAGUUGUCCCGGAACUCGUGGUAAUCCCUGAAACCGACGGAAGUUGAUGAGAUCUCCUGUUUCACUUUUUCCUCGAAUAAUUAAUUCGUCGAGUUAUUAAUGAUUAAAGGUAACCGACACCGUGUCAUCUGUCCGGGAUGUAGAAAUGUCCGGUCUCCAGCGAUCCGCGGCGUCGUCCAGGAGGCGGCAAGGACGCAUCCCGCGAGUCCGGCGCCAUAAGUGUCCACUCCGAAGGCAGAAGGAGCGCGGCGCCCCGAUUAACAGUCGAAAAGAGCCCCGGGGCCCUUUGUUUUCGAGCCGCGUCCUCUCGGGCCCCGAGAAAGACCCACCUUGAUCCACGACGCACACCGCGCGGCGUCCUGACCUCUCGGACCGCCUCUCUGAGACCAUCCUCACCGCGAGCGAGCCGUAGAGCUUAAUAGAAACGGAGAGGCACUCGCUAGGACGCACAUUUUGCCGGGUGUCCCGGCUAGCUAGGACCCGAUCCAGUAGCCGAUCCGGCCACUUUGGGCCCCGCCAACAACGAUAGACGGUACCCAGGCGAUUAGCCAGCGGUUACCUUAGUCGACCGUCCCGUAACCGGCGGUACCUAGUCGAAAGUUGAGACCAGACCCGACCUAGAGGGUCUCUAGUCCAGAUUACUCCGAGCAUACACCACGAUCGGACGAAUCGCGUAUCGUUAACGACCCUCCCUUCGCGUCCUUGCCUGGCGCGCUACGUAGGAAGAGUGCCCAAAGAGACUCGAGAGGGUGGCCGGCUUUUGUCUCUAAACUUUCCGGGAAUAUACGGUACGCUUCCCGCGCGACGUUUCAUUACCCAAGUCGACUUAACUUACGUGGCAUUUCCGACCUAUGCUUAUUAAGGGCCAUUCGCUCUAAGUGCAGGCGAGGCGCGCGCGCUAUACAGUAGGUCAACGUAAGCUGUAGUAGUGAACUCGCACAACGAAUCUCGCGGAAUCUCUAGAAAGAAGAGACGGCUCUCCGUCCGGUCUCCUCCGAGCACGAUCACCUCCCGGUUGACACCCUCCAUUCCUAUAAGUUCUACGGCAUGGUUGCAUCGCGUCGACCCUCGCUUUAGAAUCUCGGAUUUCGAUUUGCGGUUUCUGUUUCCGAUGCCGAAUCCGUAAUGGUUUCCCGUCCGCCCUGCGCGAUUCGAGUUUCGCCAAAAGUACGGUCGCGCGGAGCAUCACUUGGACCCUCGACGGCGAUCUUAGAUGAGGUCGUUAAUCGGAAUUCGAAGCUCGCGAGCGGCUAGUCGACGCGAAGCUUUCUCGUCCACGUCGAGAGACGGCUCCAUAGACGACGCGUCGCUGUACAUAGUGUAAGAAAAGCUCUUAGGGGGUCGGAACUCCGAUCCAGAUCCGUUUCGGCGCUGCCUGUUGCGGCCGCCACCGGGUGCCACGCGCGUAAUCCUCUACGUCGCUGGCAGACCUCCAAGUCCCUGGAAAGGGAAAUCCCACACCCUCGAAGAGAUCUAUAUUCCACGCUGAGGAAAAAUAAAUCGCCAAACAGACGCCAGUCCUCAAAACGCAUACGAUAUGCAACUACGGAAGGACGGAACAACUUUGCGAGUCGUAACUCUUCAAAUCGCAGUCGCGUGGCAUAUACUUUUCAGAGACUGGCGUCUAUUUCACGGCUCGGGUGAUAACGUUCAAUAUUAUUAUUUUCUCAGUGCUGAGGGCUCUCUCCCGGUAUCCUUUCCAACGCGGUUAAUUCUCACCUCCUCUGAAUUCGUCGCAUGGAUUUCUACAAAUUAAUCCGCACCUAAAUCGAGGAUUCAUAAGUAUCACCGUGCACGAAUUGGAAUUAAAAUUCCAAGCGAGAGAAUCCGCAAUGAUAAAGACCUCGUAAAGUGAGAACUUCUCGUGUCUGCGAUUUGAUUCUACCGCGACUUUGCGAUCGUAUCUAGGUUAUGUAUCGCGCAGUCCAGGGAGUCCUAUGAUCGAUUACCCUAGCGAUGUAGAGGAACUACGCGGGUGUCGGGUGCUCGGUUCGAUCGGAGCCGACCACUCGUCAAACCGUUGAAAGUCCCCGGCGAGAUUGGGCCUUGGGCCCGGUCGUCUCUUCGGGGACUCUUCGCGUGCGUCUCGGGCACCUCCGACGUGCAUCGACGGACACCAGUGCCACAUCGUGCGCAUCUACAGGGAAGGCAUUAGCGUCCGUCGUUGCACCCCCGAUACUCCGGCGCAGCCGCACCGAGCUCGCAGUCGCGUGUAAUUAUUAUUAACGAUUAAUCUUAUAAAUAAACGACGAUGCGACUACUUAGGCGGAGGGUGAUUUACCAGUGCCCCCGCGCGGUUACUACGUAGCUAGGCGAAAUAGGUGCCGGUUGGGUGCGUCAAUCGGUCAUUAUAGCUGCGCGCGUCCUGACUUUCCACCUGAGCAUCCAUUACGAAAUGAUAGAAAGCCACCCUACUCGUCGGGACCCCCAGGUGUCGAGACCAUGAGGGAAAUAACAAUACCGACUCUUUAACGUUCUUGACGAGGUAUUUUGCGACCCUAUAUCGACCUUUUAACGCAUUUCACGAGAUAUCUCGAAACCCAAUGCCGACUAUUUAACGAAAGGUAUCUAGCGAAUUCAUCUCAGCCAAGACCUGUAUAUUUACAGGUGUGCACCAGGAAUGGAGAGAGACCACUCGAGAAAAUUGCUAAGCUUAUUAAAAAUGCAGAAUAAUGUCAGGGUCAGCUGGCAAGUCGAAAACGUUGAAUAGGUCAGGAUUUGAUCGCGAAAUUUUCGUGAAAAGGGUUAAACGGUCGGUAUUGGGUCGCGAAGUAUUUCGUGAAAAUUGGUAAAAAGCCCAGUAUUGCACCGCGAGAUAUCAAAACGUUAACAAGAUCGGUAUUAGAUCGUGAGAUAUCUCGUAUGGGGAAUGAAAGGGUUAAUGAGAAAGAUUGCGAAGCAAGGUACUCCUCCGAGGUUCCUUUUCUUCAGGGUCUCGACCGCUCGCGUCGGUCCCGUCGUUUUCGGCGUCGUCCAUCGGGCGACGGCGCGGUACCAUUCUCGGAGCUUUUUUCUCCUGCUUGUCCCCGACUAGACAUUCUUUUCUCUCGAUCAAGGUGCCCCCUUUAUCCGGAAAGUAAUGCGAGAAACGAUAGCUCGGGAGCCUCGCCUGUGUAGGACAUAUUGCGACCCGCUCCCGAGGGAGUCGCCCUCGUGGCCUCGCGAUCGCGACCCCACAAUAGAAACGGCCGAAUCCUCCAUUCCCUCCCUCUAGUCUGAGGGAAUCAAACGUGGAACCAGCUACGGGAUCGCCUAGAAUCACGAAUUUCGACCUCGAGAUCAAAUCCGAGUCGGACGAGCCGAGCUUUUCUCGUCUCCUUUCCGACUUCAAAGAAGUCUCUUCCGAAAUUUGUCCUCGCUUCCCCCGGGAACUAUUGGUCCGUUCCAUAAGUUCGCGGACAUGUUUCCCUUGCAAUUAAUUCUAUCCGGAUAAUUGCGCAUUCGAGUAAAACUCCCGGGAAGGUGGGAAGAAGUGAUUAACCGCGUAUAUUGUAUUAUUUCAUAAGGGGGUUGAGUAGGUUGCGACAUACGUUUUAUUCCAUGUGGGUUAAGAGAGAUUGAAAAGGCGUUGAAAAUAAUUACUUAAGGGGGUCCUUUAUUUGAUGCUCUAAGGAGAGUUCAAGAUGAAGGAGGUUUUAAACAAAAAAUUCCUGGCUUCGGAAAUUAGGAAAAAUUAUAUCAGAUCCGAUGACACGGUUUUUCAAUAAAAGAGGGAUUCAGAUUCUAGUUAACGGACGCCGACAGGAAUCCUCUUUUCAAUGCUUUUCGCGCUUUAAUCGUUGAUACCUUUUGAACAAAAGGUUUCGUCAAAAGUUCGUGCCAUCGGUUCUCAAACGAUUUCUUUUAGUUUCUGAACCGCCUUAACUUUUCGUUCCUGACUUGCCGCUAUCCUGGAAUCGUGUACAACGUGCAAAAAAGUCAGAAAUUUCCAGUCUUUACGAGUUCGAGAUGAAAGAUAUUAAAACACUCUUUUUAUUUACAAAGCCUCCGUAGAAAGUCAAAUAAAGUCACCCUCUAGAGAAAAUAUUUCCUAUAAUUACCUCUUCGUUUCCCUUUAAGCUCACCUUGAUUAACCAGUUAAUUGCAUAAUUUACCGAAAUAACGUUUCCGUUUGCCGCGUACCCUCGUCAAACGCAGUUAACUGGUUAAAACGUACAUUUCGCAACCCACUAACCCCCUUAUUACGUGUUUCUCUUUAUUGAAAAAGGAAAAAAAAGAAGAAAAAAACCAAUUAAUAUCUCUACCUUUGCAAAUCUCUCCCCGAACUCACGGAACAACCCGAUACUUCCCCCGCCCUCCGACUCCUUCUGCGGUGAAUAAUAUCCUUUACUAUCCAUCUCCCUUUUAUCGAUACUUUUCGAUCGGUGAUUUACGAGAAGUUCGCGACUACUUUCGACCGGGCGAAAUCGCCGCGCGAUAUGAGAGAGACCGAACGCGACCUCGGCCAUCUUUAUCCGCGGGAUCUUGUCACCGCGACGGGGUGACCCCCUCGAUGUCUCUUUAAUUUAGCCAUAAGUGCUCCUAAUAGGACGGAAAUCUCCGGAUCUCCAGAAUCGUUUCGGUCCAGCCGGAUAGAGGCGCCGCGAAACCGCCGAAAGGAAAAGAACGGGCCUCGACGCGCUCUCCCGAGAAAAGGCUCCCGCAAGAUCGUUUCUAUGUCGAUAUACCGAUAUUACCGAUGCUGUGAUGUUACCCCUGGAAACUUUGAAAACAGUGUCUACCACCUCACCGGUCUCGAUGCGUCUCGGUUUCGAGGACUUCGUCCUGUCCAGCGAGGACGCGCCCUCGAGGCCGCAAGGACCUUCGAAAUUCCCGCCAUUAACCGGGCCACCAAUUUAAAUUCCGCCUUCCACCCCAUAGCCAUACCGAAUACUUAUGUCAAAACCCGUCGACGGCUAGCAUCCUAUGCUUAGAGAAAAUUCAUAGGGCACCCUUAACGACCGGAAUUCGAGACGCCUUGGAGCCUUCGAGGGCUCGUCGAGGCCGGACGCGAGGAGAGCUCGCUCUUCGAGGAAUCGAUGUUUCCACGAGUGUGCCCCGCGUAACCCUCGAACCGUUAAAUUCUAAUCGUACUUAAUGUAAAGAGCGAGAGAGCGAGAGAGAGAGAGAGAUAGAGCGAAAGAGAGAGAGAAUAAGAGAGCCGUUUCAUCGGUGGCAGUGAUUUUUCUUGCGAGAAUUAGUGGUUCUUCGUCAGAGGACACGGCUUGGGGGAGUCCCCCGGAAACGAGGAGCCUUCUGCGCGCGCUUCGCGAAGUCACUGCACGAUGCACGUACCACUGGGAGACAUCAAUGCCCUACCAUCCUGCAUAAGCGAUGCCGUAUCUGCAGGGGAGGCAUUCAUGUCCACCAUUGUACCUCGGCACGAGAUGGGUCCUCUUUUCGAAAAAUCACCAAACUCGAGAUUCCUACACCUGUUGCAUUUGUAAAUAAAAUUUUUAUUAUCACAUA